AGGAGUUCAAAAAAAGACGGAGGAGGUGUGAUGGUUGCAGUGUCUAAAAAUAUUUCUUCUUCUCGAAAAUCAAAUUGGGAAAGUAAUGCAGAAGAUUUAUGGGUAUCUAUUGAUGUUAAAACUAACGACACACUCCAAAAAAUUUCUAUCUGUGCCGUUUACUUACCUCCUGUUUCUUCUGAAACUUUAUCUAGCUUUUUAGAAAACUCUACUGAUAUCAUAGAUAUAUCAGAUAAAGUCAUAAUAUUGGGCGACUUUAACUUAGGUUUUAUUGAUUGGUCCCGUAAGUCGGAUAGUGACCCAUGUAUUGCAAUAAAUUAUGGUUCGAAACUAGGACUCUCUCUUAUUGACUUUAUGGCUGUCAAUAAUUUAUCGCAAAUGAACGAUGUGUCUAAUGUUGAUGGUAGAAUACUAGAUCUAGUUCUAUCCAAUGUUGAUUGUUUAAAUGUUACUAAAUCUAUAAGUAUGCUUAGCAAAGUAGAUCAAAAACAUCCUCCAAUUUUGAUAUCGAUCCCAAAACUUACUUCCGAGUACCUCAAGCCGAUAAUAAGCCAUCGUUACAACUACUUUAGAGCAGACUAUGGCAAUAUUGUACCUUACUUGAAGAGCAUUAACUGGCAAGUGGAGCUAGAAAAAUGUCAAAAUGUUAACGAAAUGACUAAUAUAUUUUACCACUUUUUAAAUAUAGCCUAA